CUCGCACGAAACCCCUUUCUUGCUCGCAUAUUAGCCGUCCAUAUAAGCUCCGUUCUCCCACAUUUGAUAUCACAGCUUCCACUGCGAGACUCUGUUCCACCGUAUCGAUGGCUUUAAGAGAUAGGGACACCCUUCCGGACGUGGUGAAACCAGUUCACUACGACGUAUCCCUUUUUGGGCUCGAAUUUGGAGGUUCAUGGGGUUACAAGGGCAUUGUCAAGAUAGACACCAAAAUCACUAGACCGGCCAAGGAAAUCACCCUAAAUUCCAAGGAAAUCGAGGUUCAGGAUGCAGAGAUAUUCGCGAAAGAUGGAAACAAUCUUGCCAAGGCAUCUGAGAUCACUUAUGAUAAGACCUCAGAACGAGUGACAUUCAUCUUUCCACAGGAAGUCACCCCAGCUGAUGUUGUCUUGUAUAUCAAAUUUACGGGGACUAUGAACAAUUCAAUGGCAGGGUUUUAUCGUUCAAAAUACAAGCCCGUGGUAGAGCCCGCUGCAGAUACUCCGAAGGAGGGCGAGUUCCAUUAUAUGUUUAGCACCCAAUUCGAGUCCUGCGAUGCUCGCAGAGCUUUUCCGUGCUUCGAUGAGCCAAAUUUGAAAGCUUCAUUUGAUUUCGAAAUAGAAGUCCCCAAAGGACAAGUCGCCCUCAGCAAUAUGCCUGUUAAGUCUGAAAGGGAUGGAAGUAAUCCUGGACUCAAAGUUGUCUCGUUUGAAACGACUCCAGUGAUGAGUACUUAUCUCCUGGCAUGGGCAGUUGGUGAUUUUGGUUAUGUUGAGGCGAUGACUGAACGCAAGUACAAUGGAAAGAGCAUUCCUGUUCGCGUUUACACCACGAGGGGCCUCGAAGACCAAGCUCGCUUUGCAUUGGAAUGUGCUCAUCGCACUGUAGACUAUUUUUCGGAAGUUUUCGAGAUUGAAUAUCCUCUGCCAAAGGCCGAUCUUCUUGCCGUCCAUGAAUUUACCAUGGGCGCCAUGGAAAAUUGGGGACUCGUGACAUAUCGGACUACCGCGGUCCUAUUCGAUGAAGGAAAAUCGGACACUCGUUACAAAAAUCGUAUCGCAUAUGUUGUUGCGCACGAACUUGCUCACCAAUGGUUUGGCAACCUUGUCACAAUGGAUUGGUGGAAUGAGCUCUGGCUGAACGAAGGGUUUGCAACCUGGGUUGGCUGGCUUGCUGUUGAUCAUUUCUAUCCCGAGUGGAAUGUGUGGUCUCAGUUCGUCGCUGAAGGUGUCCAACAAGCCUUCCAUCUCGACUCGUUGCGGGCGUCUCAUCCAAUUGAAGUUCCCGUCAGAAAUGCGCUUGAGGUUGAUCAGAUCUUCGAUCAUAUCAGCUACCUCAAGGGGAGUUCUGUGAUUCGAAUGCUCAGCGAUCAUCUUGGCCGAGAGACCUUCCUUCGCGGCGUAGCAAGUUAUCUUAAGACUCAUGCAUAUGGGAAUGCGACAACCAACGACCUCUGGUCCGCACUCAGUAAAGCGUCAAACCAGGACGUUCGUAGCUUUAUGGAUCCCUGGAUUAGAAAGAUCGGAUUCCCCGUUGUCACAGUCGUCGAAAAACCUGACCAAAUCGAAAUUCGACAGAACAGGUUUUUGUCAACUGGCGACGCAAAGCCCGAAGAGGAUGAGACAACAUGGUGGAUUCCCCUCGGUCUCAAGUCAGGUCCAAAGAUGGCUGACGUCGAAUCUCAUGCUCUCGUUUCCAAGGCGACCACUGUCCAAGGCGUUGGUCAGAAUUCAGCCUACAAAAUUAAUAAAAACCUCUCCGGGUUUUACAGAACAAGUUACCCUGCAGAUAGGCUGGCCAAACUCGGUCAAUCUCUUGACCUUCUAAGCACCGAAGAUAAGAUCGGUUUAAUUGGCGAUGCUGCUGCCCUUGCCGUAUCUGGAGACAGUACCACUUCCGCCUUGUUGGCCCUUCUGGAGGGCUUUAAAGGAGAAGAGAAUUAUCUGGUUUGGUCUCAAAUUGCUUCGUCUGUUGGACACCUACGUUCCGUUUUCUCACAGAAUGAGCCAGUGACCACGGGUUUGAAGAGAUUUGCUCUCAAACUCGUAAGUCCCGCCGUUGAAAAGAUAGGAUGGGAAUUUAACACUGGUGAGGAUUAUCUCACAGCGCAAUUGCGGAAGCUUUUGAUUGCAAUGGCUGGCAACGCAGGCCAUGAGAGGUAAGUACUCCCACUACGUAACUCCUAGCUCGUCCAAUUAACGGGAUAAUCAGCGUUAUCGCUGAAGCGAGAAGGCGAUUUGAGCUUUGGGCCACAGGCCAAGAUGAAACUGCCGUGCACACCAAUCUCCGCUCUGCCAUAUUCAGCAUCAACAUUUCAGAAGGUGGCCGCGCGGAAUUUAAUUCCGUCAAGGAGGAAUACUUCAAGACUGACUCCGUUGACGGUAAGGAGAUCUGCCUGGUAGCACUUGGGCGUACAAAGGAUGCGGGUCUUGUUCGCGACUAUUUGGACUUCGUUUUCUCGGACAGAGUGGCUGUUCAAGAUGUACACAACGCAGCAGCCUCAUUAGCAGCGAACUCGAAAGUCCGACAUUUGCUUUGGGAUUAUAUGAAGGAGAACUGGGACUCCGUUGUGGCUCGCUUGUCGGCAAACAGCGUAGUCACGGACCGAUUUGUGAGACUUGGCCUUUCCAAGUUUGCUGAUCACGCUGUCGAAGCGGACAUCGCCUCGUUCUUCCAAGACAAAGAUACAAGUGGAUAUGACCGUGGACUGGUCAUUGUUUCUGACAACAUCCGCACCAAUGCUCGUUACAAGGAAAGGGAUGAGAAGUUGGUUUUGGAAUGGCUCCAGGCCCAUGGCUAUGCUUAGAAAAAUUCUCCUUGAAAAAAUUAUUUCCCCCACACCCUAGAUAAAAAGCUCUUAAAGGAGCGUUUUAAUGUGAAUGUUAAUUCUACUCUCUUUCAG